ACCAUUCAUAGAUAUGGCUUAGAAGUGAGUGAGAACUUUAAAGUCCAUGCUUGUGCCGAAAUUCCAAGUGACUGCUAUGGGGAUGAAGUGAUGUGUACGUGUCGUGAAAGUUUCAAAUUUUAGAUUGUUCCCAGAAUAAUGCAGCCUGUGGACAAAUUUAAAAUAAUUGCAGCUUCCGUGCGCACAACAAACCGCAUCAAUGCACUCCUUAAUGAGUCUCUGACCCUUCUGCAGACUGGAAAGAAGAAAGCUAUUUUUAGAGUCCACGAAAAAUCUUUUGACCAGGAGGAGCCGGAGGAAAAAACUUGCAGAACCGAUGUCAAGUUUCUAAGAACCAAUUUCAACAUGGACCACAUAUAUAAAAUUGCGGAACGUGUGAUAGAAGAACGUUUGCAAUGGGAUCGAUUCAAUCGAAUGUAUGACCCAUGGCGGUCUGUGAAAUUUGCUGAGAGCUUAGCAACAGACAUAAAGGAUCGUGUGAAAAGGCUGAAACAUAACAGCUACAGAGUAAUUUGCAUUGUGUCCAUAGUGGAAAAACAGCAACAAGGGAUAGACUACAAACUGCAGUUUCUCUUGGAUGCGCGUUGCGACAAUUUUUCCAAUUUCACAUAUGAACGGGCAACAUAUUAUAUAGUGGCGACAGUAUUUAUGAUCCACAAAGAAUGAA